AUGGCCUCCAACUUCAAUGAUAUAGUGAAGCAGGGAUACGUGCGGAUACGGAGUAAGAAACUAGGGAUCUUCAAGAGGUGCUGGUUGGUGUUUAAGAAGGCGUCCAGUAAAGGCCCCAGACGGUUAGAGAAGUACCAAGAUGAGAAGGCAGCAUACUUCAGAAGCUUUCACAAGAUCACGGAGCUUCACAAUAUCAAGAACAUUACACGGAUGCCCCGGGAGACCAAGAAACACGCAAUGGCAAUCAUCUUCUACGACGAGACUUCCAAGACAUUUGCCUGUGAGUCAGAGCUGGAUGCAGAGGAGUGGUGCAAGCUGCUGUGUGUGGAGUGCCUAGGAAGCCGACUGAAUGACAUAAGCCUGGGAGAACCAGACCUGUUAGCAGCGGGGGUGCAGCGGGAGCAGAGCGGGAAGGAAUCAGAGAAAGGCCUCUAUAAACUAAUGGAUGAAGUGCCUUGUUUUCCAGCAUAG